AUGCCUUUCUAUCCGGUUUGCAAUAGAAGAGGAGACGUCUUUUACUCGCCUUGUCAAGCCGGUUGUCCUUUGAGCGGAGCCAAUUUCAGUAUCUACACAAAGAUGGAGAAAGGGAUGCCACUGACCUUCACGGAGUGCGAAUGUUCUGGAACUCGUGACCUAGCCGUUAGCAGGGAUUACUGUCCUACCGGUUUGGUUUUAGUUGAACACUUUGUUAUAUAUCACUUUUGGGUUGUGGAGCUAUGGGGGCAGUUCGGU